AUGAAACUCUUUACUAGGUUUAAUAAAACUACUGUGCUUGUCAAAACAAAAAUCCAUGAGACUUCAGAAAAUGGUCUCCUCAAGCAGAGAGGUUUGCUCUAUCCUGUGGGGUUAGACUCCAGGGUGACACAGGUCACACGGAUCACACGGGUCACACAGGUCACAACAGCCACACAGUCCAUGCAGGUCACACAGGUCACACGGAUCACAUGGAUCACACAGAUCACACCAGCCACACAGGUCACAUGGAUCACACGGAUCACAUGGAUCACACAGGUCAUACCAGCCACACAGGUCACACGGAUCACACAGGAGCAAGUGUCAUUCAAGGAUGUGUGUGUGGAUUUCACCAAGGAGGAGUGGUAUCUGCUGGACCCUGCUCAGAAAGUGCUUUACAGAGAUGUGACCCUGGAGAACUAUAGCAACUUUGUCUCAGUAGGGUAUUGUGUUACUAAACCAGAUGUGAUCUUCAAAAUAGAGCAAGGAGAAGAGCCAUGGAUACCUGAAAAUGGAUUCCAAUGCCAUCCAGAAAGGAAAUGGAAAGUGGACGGCCUAUUGGAGAGCAGCCAGGAAGAUCAAGGUAACCAUUUCUGGCCGCUCAUGCUCACCAACAAGCUCAUGCGUGUAGACAGUGGAGGUAACCCAAGAAAAACCUCCACUCUAGAAAUGGACCCUGUUUCUUCAACAAGUUUUCUGCUCAAAAUAUGUGACUCAUGUGAAAUGAAUUUAAAGAAUAUUUCAGGUGUCAUUAUUAAUAAAAAGAACUAUUCCAGAAAGAAACUUGAUGAGUUUAAUAUAGGUGAGAAACCACUCUUUAAAUCUGGGCAUGAGAAAAUUCCUGUAGGAGCAAAAUUAUAUAGAUAUAAUGAGAAAAGGGGUGGCCUCAGCCUUUGCCAGGGUCUCACACGGCCAGUUUCUGGUCAGCCUUUUGAGUGUCAUGAAAACGGACAAGGCUUCCGUGAGGAAAUGGCCCUGUGCCCAGGUCAGCUCUCUCAGCCAGGGCAGACACUCUGUAAACACACCGAGUGCAGAAGAACGUUCACUGACGGUUUGAAGCUCAGUGUGUCUCAGAAAACUCGCCUGCAUAUGGAGCCGCACGAAUGCAGCAUUUGUAGAAAGUCCCUUUAUGUGGAUUUGCAGUUUGGACAUGAGGGAGCUCUUCCCAGGAGCAGUCCUUGUGAGCGGAACGCCUAUGACAGAAUCUUCUGCGAUGGCUCAGCUUUCAUUGUUCACCAGGAAGCUUACUCAAGACAGAGUGCCCAGGAGUAUAAAGUGAGUAGCAAAGCGUGGGCAAAGUCAGCUCUCUUUAAACACCAGCUAGUCCAGAUGGGGGCGAAACCCUAUCAGUACCAUGAAAACGGGAAACUUUUCAGCAAGAAAACGCAUCCCACCCAGUCUCGAAGAGCUCACUUGGGAGAAAAAACCUUUGAAUGUGGUGAGUGUGGUAAAAUGUUUUGGGAGAAAUCAAACCUCACCCAGCACCAGAGAACACACACCGGAGAGAAACCAUAUGAAUGUACCGAGUGUGGGAAAGCCUUUUGCCAAAAGCCACACCUUACCAACCACCAGCGAACGCACACAGGAGAAAAACCCUAUGAAUGCAAGCAAUGUGGGAAGACAUUCUGUGUCAAAUCAAACCUCACUGAACAUCAAAGAACACAUACAGGGGAGAAGCCCUAUGAAUGUAAUGCAUGUAGGAAAUCCUUCUGUCACAGGUCCGCCCUCACGGUCCAUCAGAGAACACAUACAGGAGAGAAACCAUUUAUAUGCAAUGAAUGUGGGAAGUCCUUUUGUGUGAAGUCAAACCUGAUUGUACAUCAAAGAACUCACACAGGGGAGAAGCCCUACAAGUGUAAUGAAUGUGGGAAAAUGUUCUGUGAAAAGUCAGCUCUUACUAAACACCAGAGAACUCACACGGGGGAGAAGCCCUAUGAAUGUAACGUGUGUGGGAAGACCUUCAGUCAGAGGUCAGUACUCACCAAGCAUCAGAGAAUUCACUCUAGGAUGAAGGCUCUUGCAGCCUCCUAGAUGGUCACCUUCCUUAUGCCUGUCAAGUCGGUUAUACGGUUUGAAAGUGAGCUUAGAGCCUGCCAAAGAAUACGAGAGUACUAGAAAAUGCCAUUAUGUUGAAAUACACGAAAGCUUUCAAGAAAAUAAAAACUUUCAUUAGAAGAUUGCUUUAAAGGGAAAUCAUUCAUAUAAACAUAUGGUUAAAAAAUCUAUAAAGUUUAAAUUGUGUAAUGUCUUCCAAAUGUGUUUCAAAAUUUUAUUUUAAAUAUAAUGGGUAAUAUUAAUUUUACUUGUAUUCAUAGGAGACUAUGAAACUUAAAAGUGAGUGACAAUAGCAUUAAACAUGUAUGUAAAGAACAUGUGAUGUUUAUAGACCUUGUGUGAGUAUGCUAAUGUAAUAUUUAUGUACUUUAGGGAGUGCUUGAUCUGUGUAUUAGAACCCAGUAAGAAUGUGAGGAGAAAUUGAACCCUUAGUGUAAUAGCUAUUAUGGUAUACUUUCAA